AUGAACUAUUCUUCGAUUGAAGUAAUUGAACGUAGUCAUAAAAUUUUUGACUAUGCUGAAUUUUCACAGUCUGAAGAAAUUGGUCAAGGAGGAUUUGCAAAAGUAGAAAAAUGUUACUGGGAUGAUUUUAAAUGUCACGUCGCCAUUAAAAGUAUAAAAACAGGCAAUAAUUCCGAGGUUAUUCGAGAGAUUAAAAUUUUUAAAAAAAUUAGUCAUCAUCGUAAUAUUAUUAAAUUAUAUGGUAUAACUAAAAGUAAGUGA